AUGGAUUGGCAAUUGAUAAGAAUAUAUUGGAAUUUAAGCCCUGAAUAUACACUUGAUGUACUAGGAGUGAUUGAUGACUAUUACUUAAAUAUAUUGGAUUGGAGUAACCAAAAUAUAGUGGCAGUUGGAAUAGAUAAAAGAGUUUAUUUGUGGGAUAUAAUAACUGAUGAGUUGUCAGCAAUUACUAUAAUUAGAAGUGGUACUAAUACUAUUUCAAGUCUUUCAUGGUCUGAAGAUGGUGAUCAUCUUGCUGUGGGAUUGAAGGAUGGCAAUAUUGAAAUAUGGAAUAUUUGGAGUGUUCAAAAGAUUAGAUCAAUGAGUGGUCAUAUUACUCAUGUAGGUGUUAUGACAUGGAAUAAACAUAUUAUUGCUUCAGGAUGUAGGGAUGGUAGUAUCUGGAAACAUGAUAUUAGACUUGCACAACAUAAAUUUGCAGAAAUGCACAAUCAUAAUAGAGAAGUUUGUGGUUUGAAAUGGAGAAGUGAUGGUGAACAAUUGGCUAGUGGAGGUGAUGACUGUAAAGUUAAUAUUUGGGAUGCAAAAUCAAGCAUUCCAAAGUUUACUAAAACUGACCAUAAAGCUGCUCAUAUAAGCAUAUAA